AUGGUCAAAACAACCAGAAUGGCCAUGCUCGAAAUCCCUCAGGCCUGGAUAUGGCCCGCAGCCCACCUAACCCUAGCAACAAGAGUACGCAUUCUCCCCCGUCAAAUUGGAUCAGCUGCUGUUCUGUAUGGAUUCAUCCUUUCUAACUCGAUGGUAGACACGAAGCACGUUCCCUGUAAAUUCUUCCGCCAGGGUGCUUGCCAGGCCGGCCCCGCUUGUCCAUUCCUGCACUCGACUGAUGCAGCGGUCGAAUAUACUCCCUGCAAAUACUUCACCAAGGUAGGAGAAGCGCUGCGAUGA